AUGCCGUUUAGAUAUCCACGGGCAACCGAAGUUGAUGAUCNUUGGAUCACAGUGAUGUCAGUAAAUCNUAGAGGAAGGAUUGUUGGAAUUUCCGAGGAUAGUGACCAUGACCCUAUGCAACAAAACACACUCGGUACCAUCGGAGCAGUCGACCNCUNACUAGCNGUAGAUCUUGUUGUUGAUUUCACACUUUAUGCAGAUGAUGAGAUUUUAGAUGAUUCUGAGGAAGAUGGAGGCGAAUUUGAAGAUGCCUCUCAGUCUGACAAUUCAGAAUAUUCUCUAAAUGAAGAAGACGAAGAAUAA